AUGGAGCAAAGAAAAGAUGAAGGGAUGGACCCAUGGCUAAGAAAUGAAGUGGAAGCUAGGAAAGCAGAGGAAGGCCCUGAGAAGGCCAAAGAAAUUCAUCACGACAACAUCUUGGUCAUUAGCCAGAAGCGCAUACCGGACACGGAUACCUUGACGUCUCAACAACUGGGAACUGAAGUUGAAUCAAACGGAUACUUCAUCUCUGAGAGACACCAACACAAGUACUUGCUCAACAUCGCAUUUGUUGGUGAGGGAUUUCAUGGAAUGCAGAAAAACACCAAAACAACAGUUCAGUCAACCCUGGAAGAUGUCCUCUCUUCCAACACCUGCUAUGCUCUCUUCUACCCGCGCUUGUCGGACAAGCUGAUGAUGGCGAUGGGGGCAGCGUUGAAGCAGAAUCUCGAGGACUGGAUUGGUUUCGGGACCUCCAGCAGGACCGACAAGGGAGUUCACGCCGCUCAGUUGCUGGUCGUCGUAACUAUGAAGAGUAUCUACCCAAAUGGUCUCCGUCUCUUUCUUGAAGAAUUAAACAGGCGUUUGAAGAAUGGACAGCAUCUAAUUCGUGUCAUAGACAUCUUGGCUGUUCGGCCUGAGAGCAAGCUAAACGGAGACCUUGAAAAUCGAGCCAUACAUUUUCCAUGUUUUGUCGACAGCCGCGUGUAUCGUUACAUCAUCCCCUCGUUUGCCCUUGCGCAUCAAGAAAAGGAGCAAGCAAGAAACGAGAACAAGAUGAAAUGGGAGAUGGAAAGAUUCCGUCUGUCAUCCGAGCAGCAGCACCGAGCUGAGAGUGUACUGCAGGCAUUUCAGCGCACAGCUGACUUUGAAGCAUUCACGGACAUCAAAGACUGCAAGGCCAAAAUGAUGAGAGAAGUAAGAUCCUUUGUGAUCAAGACUCUGGAGAUCUACAAAAAGAUUCAGUUUGCCGUGAUAGAGAUUGAGGAGAAAGUCUCCAACUUUCGCAUUGCACCUGCCGAGGGUCUUUUCCUCAAACGUCAAAACUACAAACACAAGCUAAUCAAUGAUUUCCUCAACAAGUGUUCAGAGCAGAACCUUCAGUUUGAGGAGCAACACAUCGUCCCUCACGUUUUCAGGCACUCCCUCGAUCCCUUCAUGAACUUCUUUCAAGACACGCUCAACGAUGCGGAUGUUAUCAACCGACUGAGAAGGAGAUGCUGA